AUGUCUCUGAGCAACCUCGGUCUCCGCAUGGGCGGCGCUUCAAGUACAGUAUUCGCCGCCCAGGGCGUUUUCCUCUUAGGAAACGCCUUCUACACCAUCCUCUAUCCAUCCGCAGCAGCAAAUUUCCCAGGCUCUUCGCUUAGCGGAACCCCUGAAGGUGCCGUGCAGUGCAUUGGUCUAACCUCCUUUGCUUUGGGAACAUACUAUCUGAUUUCGACUUAUCAGCGGGAUAGUCUCAUCAUGGCUUCCUCGGUGCCUUCUCGUCUUGUUGCUGCGUUUGUUAUGUACAGGGCUGGAGGAAAUUGGGUCCAGGUUGCGGCUUUUGAAGUCUCCAUGGCUGUGGUGGCUGGUGCGGCUCUUUGGUGGGAUCGUGUAUGGUGA